AUGGUCAGCCUGACUACCUCUCUCGGGCUGGUCAGCCUGGGUGCUACUGGUGCAGUAGCAGCAGACGCACUGGGAGCGUACAAUGUUGAUCCAAACGCCGUGUCUGUGUCCGGUCUCUCCAGCGGUGGAUUCAUGUCCGCGCAGAUCGGCGUGGCAUAUUCCGACGUCUUCACUGUCGGCUUUGGUGUCUUGGCCGGUGGGCCAUAUGACUGUGCUCGCAAUCAACCUUGCAUGUUUGACCAAGUACCCUCGAUCAUCACUCCAAUAGCCAAUAUGAAAGCUUGGAGCGGUAACAAAAUCGACACCGUUAGCAACUUGAAUAGCCGCAAGAUCUACCUGUGGGAAGGAUCUGCAGACGUCACUGUGGGACUCAAUGUGAUGAACGCGCUACAGGCCCAGCUAUCCCAUUUCGACAACUCAGCCGAUGUCUCAUACGUCGUCACCGAGGGUGCAGUGCACACUUUCCCUACCGAUUUCGACGGCGCGGGUGACAAUCCAUGCAGUUUGUCCAUAUCACCCUAUAUCAGCAACUGCGGCUACGAUGGUGCUGGCGCAGCCUUGCAGUGGAUGUAUGGUACGCUGCAUGCUCGGAACACAGGAACCCUAUCCGGCAGUGUUCUUUCCUUUGCUCAGUCCGCGUCGUUCGGUGCCGACGGCAUGGACACGACAGGCUAUCUGUAUGUUCCUGAGAGCUGUCAGAGCGGAUCCAUUGUCUGCAGGCUUCAUGUUGCUCUGCAUGGAUGCUUGCAGAGCCAUACCAACAUCGGGAUGGAUUUCGUUGAUAACACUGGGUACAACAUGUGGGCUGGUAAGAAUAUACCCUCAUGA